UUCAACUUGUUUAUUUUUGACUCGCUAAAUUUUGGCUUUAGGGUUUUGAAAUGGAGAGGCAUAGAGGCGAACGUUUCGGUGAUCAACCAGAGGCGAAUCGCAAUUCACAUCCUGGCAAUUGUUGUUCUUGGUUCUCUGAUGAUCAUAGACCUAAUUUAUCCGACAACCACCAGCACCGCCGACGCUACCAGCAAUUCGACCAAAUGAACGGCGACCCUUGCCAUUUUUUUGGUGGUCAGCCUACGCCAUUUUCUGGUCGGAAGAGAGGCUUUCCUCAUACAGAUCAUGUUGAUGGUGUCAUUCCUGCAAAACUUUAUGUUGCACCAGUUUCAAGAACAGCAACUGAAGAAGAUAUCCGCUCCUUGUUUGGAGAACAUGGAAAUAUUGUUGAGGUUAUUCUGCCUAGGGAUAAGAGAUCUGGUCAGCAACAAGGAUAUUGCUUUGUGAAGUAUAUGACAUUUGAAGAGGCUGACAGGGCUAUUAGAGCUCUAAACAACCAGUAUAUUUUUCCUGGGGAGCAGGCUGCGAUUAAAGUCAGAUAUGCUGAUGGAGAACGAGAACGCCUUGUGGCUCCACCGGACAAGUUGUAUGUAGGCAGCCUGAGCAAACAAGCUUCAAAAAAGGAAAUAGAGGAAAUAUUUUCCUCUUAUGGGCAUGUUGAAGAUAUUUACGUUGUUCGUGAUGAGAUGAGGCAAAGUCGUGGUUUGUCUACUUUCUUGAUUUGUUUUAUGUCUUCACUUAAUUUCAAGGAUAGUUUAAUCUUGUGUUUCAUACUGCCUUUCUCUCUCUCUCACUCACUCUCCAGGGGCAGUUAUGCAUUUGGUAGUCCAAGUUUUGGUCUCAAUCCUCAAGAACCGGUUAGGCCAGCACCCAAUCUUGGUGAUUCAAUUGGAGGCCAUGUAGCCCCUAAUGUAUCAUAUCCCUUGCUAAAUAUGUCCACAAAUUCACAGCCACAAGCUGUUUCGCACUUGGCAAACCAAGAAGCUGCUGCCCUAAGUGUCACACAACAAUUACACUCUUCUCUGCUGCAAGCGCCUUCACAGUUUUCUCAGGUGGCAUUGCAACAGGUGCACCCUCUGCAGCAAAGUUCUCAGUCAUCUCAGCAAAUGGUCUCUGAGAUCCAAAAAGAGUUGCAUCCGAGACAUCUGUUAACUCAAAAUUUAGAGCAGCAGCAAAAUUCCCAGGUUACCAGGCUUGAGCAGUCUCCAAGGACUGGAAACACUCCUCAGACAAGUGCUUGCACGGCAACAGUUCCUGCAGUACCUCCAAGUCCACAUACAGAAGCUUCUCUUGAAUGUGAUUGGAGUGAACACACUUGCCCUGAUGGAUACAAGUACUAUUACAACUGUGAGACUUGUGAAAGUAAAUGGGAUAAGCCUGAGGAAUAUGUAUUAUAUGAGCAAAAGUUGCAGAAGCAGCAAAAGCUGCAAAAUUCAAGCCUGCUUUUGACCCAAGAAGUUGAUCAAACCCAAGAAGUGCAGCUUCAGUCACAUCACUUCCAUCAGAAAAUUCAACUCCAACAACCUUCCAUCUCUGCAUCUGAACUGGAUCAUCUGCAAGUAAAGUCCGAAGCAAGUCCAGUAAUUGAUCCAACCUGCGUUUAACAGUUAAUUCCUGGUAAAACAAGCCAUGUAAAACAUACUAACUUAAGAACUACAGCAUGGGCUGUAAAAGAGCACGCAUAUCAGACUCAGGUGGAUUAUUGAAGCUGCCAUUGAUUUGCAACUGAUUAUUUUGAGGAUAAGUGAUUUAGGCUCACCGGAGUUUAUGUUCUCCAUUUUGUGAGGUGUACAAUAUAACGAUUUUAGGUUUUUUAUUAGCUUGAAAUAUGUUUGAUGCUAGUGGGUUAGUUACCUUUGUAGAUGAAUGGAGGCUCUGUUCCAUGUUACUAAAAUUUAUAAGCAGGUCAACAAUUCUUCCUGUUUAAUUUUAAAAGUAGGAAAAUUUGUAAAUAAAGAAUUAUAUCAUGUGAUAUGACUAUUUUUAAUUGCUUCAGAUGUGAUAUGAUAUGAUGGAC